AUGAGCCAUAAGGAGGGACAAUACCUGGUGUCGGAUAAGGUUCUUCGUCUCCUUCAGAUAAUGAAGCCAAAAGACCCACUGUCACGCCAAGAAACAUCUGGAGUCGACUACAGGAUCCGGUGCAGUUGCGGACAAAGACACUAUGUCGGAGAGACUGGCAGAAUUCUCAAGACGCGAAUUGCCGAACACGAGGAGAUGUCGGAGAAACUGGCAGACUUCUCAGGACACGAAGUGCCGAACACGCGGUAG